AUGAGAGUGUGUUGUGGGUUUAAGGUAGCAUUUUUGCAGAUGAUGUACAAUUCUCGAGCGAUAAGCGCUUUGUAUCUGUUUCCCUGUUUUGUGUUUGAUGUCUUAAUUUACAUACGAAGACAUAGUUAGGCUUUGAAUUUUCUAUUGAACUCAAGAAAAUUCAUCGAAGACGAAGCAGUCGCCCUCUGACUAAUUCUCAAGACACAAGAUGGUGAUGCUGAUCUUGCUGACAAUUGGUUUUGUUUACGAAACAUUUCCCGGCAUCGCAGCUGAGUGUCAAGCUCAAACAGUCGACUGUAACGGAGUACUUGAGUGUGACGAUUAUUCUGACGAAAUAGGUUGCUCUACAAAAGGAGUUUACUCACGGAUGGGUCUAUCUGAUGAGACAAGAUUUCUUGUCCGAACUCCAGAUGGAGAUCAUACAUUCUGUUUCUACACAUUCGGGAAAUUGGACUUGUUCACUUCUGAUUUUGGUUCUAAUAGUUCACCGGUUGAUAUCAAGUCAAAGGGCCAUUAUUGUCUUGUCAAUGAAAAUGAAAAGAAAACGAUUGAGGGAUAUCUGUACGAUACCAGCACGAAGAGUUUCAUCAUUGCGGGCGAAGGAAGCAUUAAGGCAAACCAUACCGUUGGAGUAUGGGGAAUACAGGCUGAUUCAAUCAUAAAAAACAUCAUGGUAUAUCGUAAGGCACUUUCACCUCCAGAGAUGUUAGGUUACAUAACCAACUGUGGAAAUGAUGGUUAUUCGGCUGCCAUUGAUGUUUUUCUAGACCAUCAUUUGGUUGUUGUUUUGAACAUAAAGUAUCGACAAUCUGUAAGUAAGAACCCUGAUGAUUCUUCUGAACAAAGUAAGAACCCCGAUGAUUCUUCUGAACAAAGGAUGAACAAAAUACGGUCAAUAGUUAAACGUGACGAUGACAAUGACGAUGACAAUGACGAUGACGAGUCGCCACCUGGGUCAGGGUGGAUAAAGAGUGAAACUAAUGAUUAUGAUAUAGAUUUAUCUAGUUCAGACGAAGAUGUGUUUCCUGCCUUUAAAUACACAGCUUUAACAGACAUGUGUCAAGAGGGUUUUACUCCAACUGGGUCAGUAGAUCUAGCUACAACUCAUAUUUGUGAGAGCGGACUGACUAUAUCCAACCACUGCUGUGAAGGUGAUAUUUGUGAGCGGUGUAAUGAAGCUGACCCGGAUAAGACGGUGGAGUGUGAAUAUGUCAAGUCACAGAUUGUGGCCUUAGCAAAGAAAGGAAACGAAAAAUCGUGUUCUAGUAGAGCUGAAAUAGUUAACGCUUACAACAAUAUCUUAGGCACGGACGCAAUUCGUUCUGCUAACACCUUCACAGAUUGCCAAAAGUCAAGUUGUGUCUCCAAAGCUUACCUUCAAAACUUAAUGAGUGGUGCCGCCAACAUCUGGGCAUCUGAAAGGACUAUGGAAUACUCUGCCUGGACUUCACCAAUAGCCAGUGAAGAGGGCAGUCGAGCUGUGGUUCUUAGUAAAGACGGUGAUUGGAGUCUAGAAAGUGAUCUGCCAGAAGAUUCAUCUGUUUUGUGCAAUGUUGGCGAUUCAACUAAAGCACUAAAGUUUCAAACUCCUUCCGACUUCUCCCAAAUACGGGUCUCAAAAACAGAAGCGUUCAGGAAACUCACAAUAUGUUGGGCUGCAUCAGGGUCCGGAGUUCUGCUGCACUACACAGGAGUGUCUUCUAUUACUGGGAAGGAUAUUUACAUUGCAACAGAGAUAAUAAACGCUCGAACUUACUUGACUGUCUACAUUGCUGGAUACCCGGAGUAUUUUGAUGUUGACUCAAGCAUUGGAAACUACAUUUGUCUAAGAUGGGAGAAGAGUACAGGAAACAUAGAUCUUGCGAUUAAUGGAGAGUGGGUUGUUGGCAAAAACACGUAUGCGAGCAGUCGAAGAAUCAACCUUCCCAAAUCAGGAAGAUUAGUGAUUGGAGCUGAGAUCAACACGGCUGUGGAUCCUAUGCUGGUUGACGCUAAUUCAGGUCGUUGGACGGGUCUGAUCAAGAACUUGGUUAUCUGGGACAGAUUCUACAACCCUCUAAUGCUAAUAAAAACAUCAGAAAAAGCUAUGUGUAGUGAACGAGCAAAGUCUAGCGAUGGGUGGUUAACAUUUGAGAUGGUUAUAGCGGGGUCAACAAACCAUGAGAUGUAUUCUAACUUUGAGUAUUCAUCUAGUAAUUGUGGCCAGUUUAAUGAAGAAAACGAGAACAGAUAUGAGAAGAGAGAUGAGAAGAGAGAUGAUGAUAGGGAUGAGCCCAGCUCAAUAUCAAUAGAUUACUCAACCUACUCAUCGGAUCCCACCUUUGUUUUUAAGUGGGUUAAAUCAACAGAAGAAGGGGUGACCAUCAGUAUCGCUGAGGAUAUGAAUUACAUUGUUACAAAACUCAGUGAUAAGGGGAACAUAAAACUGGACCCUCUCUCUGCACUUUGUAUAUCUGGGUUAAAAGGAACAUCCAGUUACGCGUUUGUUGUGGCUGCUCACAGUACUGGUCUAACAACGUUGCAAGUCGGACAAAAGAUUAUCACUGUACCCUACGGCACUCCCGGAUCCGGGCAAGUAGAGAAUGUGUAUCCAGUUGGAGAUAAGAUCUGUAUCACAAACGUGCUCGCUCCCUCCGACUAUGCUCCUCUAGAUGGUUUUAUCGAGAGUAUCCAUUACAUGGUAGAUUCAAAGGAUCCAUUACCGUGCCCAAGUGAGGAACAGAUCACCACGGAUCAGGGCGUUUUGGUUUGGCCUCCAGUAAAAGAGUCUGGAGAUGUUACCACAGCUUGUCAGUACGGCAAAGUAUCAGACUACACGAAAGUGGGACUAGCCACCAGAACGUGUAGCCAGUCCGGGUGGAGUGGAGUGGGUGAUGUGACCGCGUGUGCUGUGAAGUACACUAUACCUACCAAGGAGGCUGAGGAGUACUUUGAGGACACUGAGAUUACUGAUGAGAAUGUAGAGGAGUUUGCUGAUACAAUUAACCAGGUUGUUCAAGAAACAGACACAGUUACCCAGCAACAAAUGGUGACAGCAGCUGAUGCUAUGGAGAAGCUCACUAAUACCACUAACGUUACGAUAAGCAGCACAGCCAUGACAACAGUUGUCGAGAUUGCCAAUAUAAUCAAUAUAAACGGUGAAUCUGAAACGGAGGAAAUAAAAGAGGAUGAGGCGAAAACUGCCACUAGGAUCGUAGAAUCGGUAGAAAAACUGGCAGGAAAAGUUGACGUACCCGUCAACGAGACAUUUGUCGCCAAAACAGAGACCGUUAGUGUCGCGGUUCACAAACCACCAAACCCAGAUAAUUCUAGUGGGAAGGAACACCUGGGGGAUAUUACUGCUUUCUUUAUCGAGUUCUAUGAUGGAACUGAUAUAGACGUCUCUACUAAAAAAGUAGACCCGCUGAAGAAGAGUGAAAAUGAUAGAAUUACCAUUAGGAGAGAACAGAUCAAUCCCGGGGAAAAUGUUUGGUUUACGAGCUACAGAGAGGGAAGUUCUCUGUUCAACUCGGAUACUACAAUUGAAGUUGAUGGCGAAAUUAUCGGCGCAGGGAUCGGAGAAAAGAAAAAGAAAUUCGAGGACGGAAAGGGGAUUAUCAUGACAUUUUACACCUAUUAUGAUUUGGAGAAAGAAAAUGCGCUUUGCCAGUUCUGGGACACUUCUGGCAAAGUUGGAAAGUGGAGUUCAGAGGGUAUGAAGUUUAUCAACAAAACAGAUCUCUACAUCACAUGCCAGUCCAAUCAUCUCACAAACUUUGCUAUCCUCAUCAACCCUAGCAACAAAAUAUUUGCAGGUGGACAGCGGUUAGCCCUGCAGAUAAUCACGAUUCUCGGAACAGUCCUGUCAAUGAUAGGUCUUGUGGCUACUAUUGUUGGGCUGUCUGUUUUCAAACAGAUAAGAUCAGUUCUGACGAACAAGGUUCACAUAGGACUAUCCUCCUCCCUUCUUAUCGCAUAUUUCUUUCUCCUUGUCGGAGCAGAUUUGGUCGGAAGCGAAGGAGUUUGUUAUUUCUUCUCGAUAGUAACCCACUUCUGGUUCCUCUGUGCUUUCUGCUGGAUGAUGUGUGAAGCUCUGAACCUUUAUCUCAGACUAGUGGUAGUCUUCGAGACUUACUCUAAGAUGUUUCUUAAGUACUCCAUAUUUUCACUUGUGACGCCGCUUGUGAUUGUGUUGGUAACUGUCAUCGUGGAAUUUGCUGGAGAGAAUGGAGCUUACAUUAUCAGCAAUAAAGCCAGUGGAAGUCGCCUAUAUUGCUGGUUGGACUACAAAGCAAGGAUGGUUGCAUUCAUGCUGCCUCUAAUCCUAAUACUAUGUACUAAUCUAAUAGUGUUUAUCAUCGUCAUGAGGGUCUUGUUCUCCAACAAACAGGGUCAUGCCUCCCCCACCAACAAAUCGCAUUGGAUAGCUAGAUUAAGAUCAGCAGUAGUAGUGUCAACUCUAAUCGGGCUGUCAUGGAUAAUGGGUAUAUUCGCUCUCGGAGAGGCCAGCUUCGUUAUCAAUGUUAUCUUUACUCUUGUGAACAGUCUGCAAGGGGUGAUGAUAUUUUAUUUGUACUGUUUCUCUAAAAAAGAAGUCUUCACGAAGUGGAAAAGUACUAUCCAGAGCUCGCUCGACAAAUCGAGUAUAGCAGAUUACAAGAAUGGAACCAAUACGUUUAACUCUGGACCGCCUAGAACGAACAAUGGCAUUAACAGCACCUCAACAACCAACCUUAAAACUGGUCCGAGUGUGUUACGUAACAUAGACAUGGACAGCCCUGGGGAAAAUGAGGAAAAGUUGACAAACAGCCCUGAGGUAGAACAAACGAUCAGUAACGUGGAGCCAGAGGAAGAGGUUCAUCCCCAGAGCUCCCCUGAAAUUACACCACCUUCCCCAGCAAGUUUAAAGAAGAUUUAUCUGGUUUGCACCACUGAAAUUCAGCCACCUUCUCUAACUGAAGAUGAAAAUAUGGACCAGAUUCCUAUCCCUGAAAUUCCACCACCUUCUUCAGCAAAUGAAGAGAAAAUUGAUCAUAUUUGCACGCCUGAAAUUCCUCCUCCUACUCCAACUGAAGAUGACAAGAUACAUCUGAGUAGGCGUAGCCCCUCUGAUAUUCCACCACCUACCCUCUCUGAAAAUAACACUAUAGAUGACCGCAAACUUACUGAAGUUCAGUCUCCUACCCCAACCGAGGAUGAUCAUAUAGACCAGAGUAUUUCCUCUGACAUUCCAUCCCCUGAACGAGAGGAACAGGAAAUAGCUACUGAUAUGUUACACUUCCUCAUGUAGGGGGUACAGAAUUUUGAUUAACUUCAAUAAGCAGUACGACUUGAAGAUACUUUCCAUCUGCGAUGGUUCCUAUUCUGUCAGGAAAUUGCUUAGGGCAAACCUCGUAUCUUUGAAUGUUUCUUAGUUGACAAGAGGCACUUUUGUUCGCAUACUAAGAUUUAAUUUAACUUAAUGAAACCGAGUCGUAUUUUGGAAAUAUGGUAGAAUUGUUUCUUACCACAAAUCAAAUUAAAAAAUUUAGUACCUUGGGUGAAUUUUAAAUGAACGUUAUAAAUUAAACGGUAAAAUUAAUAUAUCAACUGCUUUUUGAUAUCAGCUUUUGUGCCUUUUGACGCAUAUAAUGAACGCAUUGUGCGAACUGCGAGGGCCUCAAUGUAUUGUUCAUUAGUUCAUUGACUUUGCCUUUACAAAUUG